AUGGCCCACACUUCCGGAUCGUUCGAGCUGAUAGUGCUGGGUUGCUCGGGAGGCCCCCUUUCAGGGAAAACUUGCGCCUUUUUGCUCAAGCCUGCACAUGUGUCAUUUGAACAGAUACUUAAGGAACAACAGUCUCACUUGAUAGCAUUGGAUGCCGGUUCAGGCUUGGAAACGGUUGCAGAUAUAGUGGCUGAUUGUCGCAAUAAUACCAACAACGUAUCGUCGUACCUGACAGGAUUGUAUCCGGACUCAGAGCCAUUACACCACUACUCUGAUAUAUCGAGCUUGACCACCGCAAGACCCUUUAAUUCCGCCGUGUUGCAACUUAACAAGUCCAAUUUGGAGCUUGCACGAGCCAUAAUAAGCAAAAUCUCCGCCUACUUCAUCACACACGCACACCUCGACCAUAUCGCGGGAUUGGUGAUUAACUCACCCGGUUUUUCGGGAAGCACCAAAGUCCAUGGAUCCGAAGAGACAAUCGACACUUUAAAGAACCAUAUUUUCAACGGGAAAGUAUGGCCGGAUUUGGACUACAUCCAGUACAAGGCGUUUCCUUCGACACCAGCGUUCCAAAAAGUCGGACAAGCAAUGCAUCUCAAGGCGUACCCCACAAGCCACGGAUUAAUCCAUAGCAAAUUUAGGUACAAAAGCGCAGCAUUCCUCAUCAGAGAAGACACAAAAGACGAUCAUAUCUUGGUGUUUGGCGACGUGGAAAGUGACCCGUCGUCAAAUACAAACUACAUUGAACAAAUCUGGAGUGAUGUGGCAGAAUUGGUUCUUUCUAAACAACUACGAACCAUCGUUAUCGAAUGCUCUUCUGUCGACAAGGCUCCAAGUGAACCUCUGUUUGGACACAUGUCUCCACUCAAUCUGAUCAAGGAGUUCUCCCAACUAAGCAAAAUAUGCUCGCAAAAAAAUCCAACCACGAAGCACCCGCUUCAAGGAAUUAACGUACUUAUCAUCCACGUGAAGGAAACCUUUGAUGGAACAGGCGAUCCGCGUAAGAAAAUCCUCAACAAACUGAGACAAUUGAAUUUGGAGCACGAUCUGGGAUUGCAUUUCACUAUGUGUAUGCCUGGACUUAGUUAUAUCAUAUAG